AUGCAUUUCAAUUACUUGGCCAUUUUGGUUAGUCUUGCAGGGGCAGCUCUUGCUGUUCCCGCGCCUGGUCCGGCGCCCGGCCCAGAGAUGAUGAGACGUGCCGAUGAUACUCAGAACAAUAACCAGAAUAAUGAACAUUGGGGACCCGGCUGGGGUGGUGGCUGGGGCGGUGGUUGGAGACAUCCUGGAUGGGGAGGUGGCUGGAGAGGAUGGUGA